CUUGUCCGUGCACAAUUCCCCCCACCGCACACCGUUGCUUUCGGGCACAUCUACCACACACCGUACCUCGCGAAACUUCCGCCUUCUUCGCGGCAGUCCGUGUUCCAGCUGUUGUUCGCUCUCCGUCGUGCCACCUUUCCUGAAGGUCCUCAAGGAACGUCGGUGGUGACCCAGGAGGGAGGACUCCAGCUGCCUCUUGCUCGUGCUGCUUCGACCAACGACUUCAAGCACGAUCUACAAGCCCCCCGGCAGGCCUCUUCACGCCCUGCACAUGGUUCUGGAGAGGACAAGGAUUUCAGUAGGUCGGCGGCUCCGGUGUCCAAGAGCUGGAAGAACCGUUGGGGCGACCGGGAUUCGACGGCCAAGAGCGGGACGGACGACCACCACCGCUUCACCCAGUCUUCGCGAGGGCGCGGCGUCGGAGAUAACAGGCGAGGGCGAGCCGUGGGGAACCAGCCUACGAGGUCUUCGCCGGCGAGUCGCCAUCGCCGGAGCAGGAGUCGGAGCGCAGAACGACAACAGCGCACCAAUCCUUCGUCUAGGCGUGGGCGCAGCCGGAGCGGAGACCGUCGUGGGAGAAACACGCCUCCGUCUAGGCGUAGCCGCAGCCGGAGCCAGAACCAGAGCGGGGGCAAUAGCAGGGCGACCAGCACUGACAGCAGUCGCGGUGGAAAAGGGCGACGGAGGUCAGGCCACGGUAGAAAGCCAUCUGCGCAAGGAACCGGCAGGGCCCUCGACGUACGCCUUCUUCAUCCAGAAAUUGGCGGCUGCCUGGGACACUCAAGACAAGAGCUCGGGGAUUGAUCGUCUUCGCAGUUUUGGCGUAUCCAACGGCGAGACUUACGGAGAAUACAUCCGUCGCUAUAAGGCUCUGGCCAUGACCGUCAUGGUUUCCCACCACGCGUUCAAGCCUUCGGAUGCGCAAGUGCAGAUAGCUGUUCGAGACUCCAUGUUGAAGCAGUUUUCGGGUAGUGUCUGGGCAGGUGUACAAGGAUGAGCAGCUCUCCAUGGAAGCCCCUUUUGGGCGACAUGCUUCGUGUCUGGAUGAUAUGUGGGAUGUGUUGGACAAGCGAGCGUUCGCGCACACACCGGCGGUGCAUGGAGAUUAUUUCUUUUCGGUAUCUUCCACGAAUGCUAGGAGUUCGUCUGCUGUUUCGCGUGCUGUAGCUUCUUCGGCGUUGCGUUCGACGGUGACCCCUUCGUGGAGCCAAGGUUCUUCGGCCGCCGUGAUGAGUGUUGACCCUCUACCUAAUGAU